AUACACACGCGAGCACACACACACUCGCACACACACACACACACACACACACAUACACACGCACACAUAGAUCCGGGUUGGGGGAGCUGCAGCGCGAGACAGCGCGAGCCUCCGAGAAAGCGCGAGACACGCCGGCGCGUGCAGCUCCCCGGACACCGCUUCGUCCGGGCCGGAGCCCGGCGCCACCCGCGUUUGGCCCGCUAGCGCCCGCGUCGGGCAUUUAUGUGGUGGCCGUGUCCUCCAGCCGCAGCUUCCUCGGGUCCCCCCAUCCCUGGCGUCCCCCCCAACUCGCGGCCGCGGGUGCCGGGACUCGAGCGUGGGUGUGUUAUUCGGGGGCUCCUGCCUGGGCGCGCAGCGUGUGCCACCUCACGGGACUCUGCCCACGGGGUCUCUGGUCGCGAUCAAACAAAUAAAAGAAGCCUGUUGAAGUUUGAUCUUCACCUACUCUGUAAAUAGAAGAAUAUUCUUGAGAAAGUAAGAUUGCAAGCACGAAGCAUAAGACUGCUACAUCCAGAGAGAGGGCUAAAGUUUGCCCCUCCACUCACAUCUUCUAAUGUGAUGCUGGGGCUGGAUGUACUUAGGAUUCCGUUCCAAGGUUGACUUGAAAGGAGUGUGGAAGGGUGAGAAGAGAGAGGUAUUAAGUCAUGAUGCAGGAAUCUGCGACAGAGACAAUAAGCAACAGUUCAAUGAAUCAAAAUGGAAUGAGCACUCUAAGCAGCCAAUUAGAUGCUGGCAGCAGAGAUGGGAGAUCAAGUGGUGACACCAGCUCUGAAGUAAGCACAGCGGAGCUUCUGCAUCUGCAACAACAGCAGGCUCUCCAGGCAGCAAGACAACUUCUGUUACAGCAGCAAACAAGUGGGUUGAAAUCUCCUAAGAGCAGUGACAAACAGAGGCCAUUGCAGGUGCCUGUGUCAGUGGCCAUGAUGACGCCCCAGGUGAUAACCCCUCAGCAGAUGCAGCAGAUUCUUCAGCAGCAGGUCCUGUCUCCUCAGCAGCUCCAAGCCCUCCUCCAGCAGCAGCAGGCAGUGAUGCUCCAGCAGGAUUGUUUGGAUUCUGGAUUGGAAAUUUUCAGAGCUGCCUUGGGAAAAAAACAACAACUACAAGAGUUUUACAAGAAACAGCAAGAACAGUUACAUCUUCAGCUUUUGCAGCAGCAGCAACAGCAGCAGCAGCAACAGCAGCAGCAGCAGCAACAGCAACAGCAGCAGCAGCAGCAGCAACAGCAGCAGCAGCAGCAGCAGCAACAGCAGCAGCAUCCUGGAAAGCAAGCGAAAGAGCAGCAACAGCAGCAGCAGCAGCAGCAGCAGCAGUUGGCCGCCCAGCAGCUUGUCUUCCAGCAGCAGCUUCUCCAAAUGCAGCAACUGCAGCAGCAGCAACACCUGCUCAGCCUUCAGCGUCAAGGCCUCAUCUCCAUCCCACCAGGCCAAGCAGCCCUUCCAGUCCAGUCGCUGCCUCAAGCUGGCCUAAGUCCUGCUGAGAUUCAGCAAUUAUGGAAAGAAGUGACUGGAGUCCACAGUAUGGAAGACAAUGGCAUUAAACAUGGAGGGCUAGACCUCACAACUAACAAUUCCUCCUCGACUACCUCCUCCAACUCUUCCAAAGCAUCACCACCAAUAACACAUCAUUCCAUAGUGAAUGGACAGUCUUCGGUUCUGAAUGCAAGGCGGGACAGCUCGUCACAUGAGGAGACGGGGGCCUCCCACACUCUCUAUGGCCAUGGAGUUUGCAAGUGGCCAGGCUGUGAAAGCAUAUGUGAAGAUUUUGGACAGUUUUUGAAGCACCUUAACAACGAACAUGCAUUGGACGACCGAAGUACUGCCCAGUGUCGAGUACAAAUGCAGGUGGUACAGCAGUUAGAAAUACAGCUUUCUAAAGAACGUGAGCGUCUUCAAGCAAUGAUGACCCACUUGCACAUGCGACCCUCAGAGCCCAAACCAUCUCCCAAACCUCUAAAUCUGGUGUCUAGUGUCACCAUGUCGAAGAACAUGUUGGAGACAUCCCCACAGAGCUUACCUCAAACCCCUACCACACCAACGGCCCCAGUCACCCCGAUUACCCAGGGACCCUCAGUAAUCACCCCAGCCAGUGUGCCCAAUGUGGGAGCCAUAAGAAGGCGACAUUCAGACAAAUACAACAUCCCCAUGUCAUCAGAGAUUGCCCCAAACUACGAAUUUUAUAAAAAUGCAGAUGUUAGACCUCCAUUUACUUAUGCAACUCUCAUAAGGCAGGCUAUCAUGGAGUCAUCUGACAGACAGUUAACGCUUAAUGAAAUUUACAGCUGGUUUACAAGGACAUUUGCUUACUUCCGGCGGAACGCUGCGACUUGGAAGAAUGCAGUACGUCAUAAUCUUAGCCUGCACAAAUGUUUUGUUCGAGUAGAAAAUGUUAAAGGAGCAGUGUGGACUGUGGAUGAAGUAGAAUACCAGAAGCGAAGGUCACAAAAGAUAACAGGGAGUCCAACUUUAGUGAAAAAUAUACCUACAAGUUUGGGCUAUGGAGCAGCUCUUAAUGCCAGUCUGCAGGCUGCCUUGGCAGAGAGCAGUUUGCCUUUGCUAAGUAACCCUGGAUUGAUCAAUAAUGCCUCCAGUGGCCUCCUGCAGGCUGUCCAUGAAGACCUCAAUGGUUCCCUGGACCACAUUGACAGCAAUGGGAACAGCAGUCCGGGCUGCUCGCCUCAGCCACACAUACAUUCGAUCCAUGUCAAGGAGGAACCUGUGAUUGCAGAGGAUGAAGACUGUCCAAUGUCUUUAGUGACAACAGCCAAUCACAGUCCGGAGUUAGAAGAUGACAGAGAGAUUGAGGAAGAGCCUUUGUCUGAAGAUCUGGAAUGAGAAUGAACUUGUGACACCUCAGUGUGAAGGGACAUAUCACUGACCUUCAUAACCACUCCACAACCAUGAAUAUUUGACAAAUUUUUACUGUGACUAUUUAUUAAGCAUGGAUAAAGGAGACAGCCCUAAAGGAACUUACUAAGCCAGCCCUUUGGGAUUCAGAACCAACAGGCAAAUUGCUUGUUUUCUUCUCUCUCUGUCUUUAUUGCUUAUUUCUUUAUUUUACUUUAUUUUCUUUUUAGUUUUUUCUUUUUUCUUUUUUUAGAAAAAAAAAGCAAAAAACUGAUUUUCUUGGGAAAAAAAAAAAGAACUGUUCUUUCCAUAAUGGCUCUGCCCAUUUAAAAAAUGUGGCUCUUAAGGGUUCAUGAAAUGACUGAAUAUGAGGAUACAUGUCCUAUAGAAAGCAACUGCGCCUCAUAUACUGCCAAAAAUAGUGUUAGUUUCAUUAAUGUGAAUUUUCCAGAAUUCAGUAGUUGUAAUGUUAGAAACAAUUGCUGGUCAAGUUCAACUUGUUGCUAUUGUUUUUAAUUUGCACAGGAGUAGUAUCAGAAAUUAGUGUCACUGCUUGUAUCUAGCUCAAUUUUAAACAACGAAACAUUAGUUUUUUAUGUUGGUGCCACCAACUGUAAAUGACAUAAGUUAGUUAUUACAAAACACAGUAAUUAGACUGUUGCAACCAUCUAAAACCUUAGGCUUCCAGUCUGUGCUGUUAGUGUUAAGAUGUAAAGUGCAAUCCUAAGCUAACAUUAUCUGUGCAAGCACCAUAGAAACAUUUGCAUAUCUGCAUAGAUCUUACAACUGUACUCUUUACCUCCUUGUGAUAAAGCUUUGUCUACCUGCAAACACAGUCAAAGGCUACAGCUGCAAACCAAAGCCAACUCUAACCAUGGCCAAGAGCUCAAGGACAGAAGCAGCCACAUGCUUUGGUCAGCCUUCUGUAACUUCAAUUAGUACAAAGGAACCUUUUCCAGGAACUACCUGCUGUUUUCUGAUGACCUCUGGGAUCUUUUCAUUUAGCCCUAAACCAAGAAACAAAUAUGACAAACAAAAAUACAACUAAAAGAGUUCAUUUAGUCACAGAGUAAUCUUCUGAGGCCAAAAGUCCAUCUAAAUGCAAUGAAGAUUUGCUUUCAUUAAAGACAGAGGUGAGGACAAAAUCUGCAGUGGAAGUUAUGACAUGCUAGAACGCAAGAAAUGUGGAUCACUGACCAAAACAAUUAUGUACUUGAUGCAAAUGCAGAUUGCGUAUUGUUAUAUAUAUAGUAGAUUGUGUUUUUGUUUUCUCCAUCCAGUUAAUUCUUUUUGGUGGUGAGUACAUGUUGUUAGAAGUACAUGUCUUGUAUGGUCUUAAUCUCUGUUGUGUACUAUUUUUUUAUUGUCUUAAGUUAUAAUGAAAAAAACAAAAACAAAAAGUAGGAACCAAACAUAAAAGGUCUAGUAAAGCCAAAAAUUAAUUUCCUAUUGAUUUUAAAGUGAUCUAGCUGAGUUUUUACACUGAAAGCAAAGAUUAUAGCAAGUGUAGCCCAUGGUAUUUAUUUUCAGUCAAACCAAAGUUACAUAUAAUUCUGCCUCUUCUUAUACGGGAUAUGAACACUAACACACUCCCUUCAAAGACUUGUGCAGGCCAAAUUGUUGGAAUGCUGAUUUUCUUCACAACUCUAAACCCCAAAACUAUGAUAAUACAUUAUGGUGUAGUUGAAGAUAGCAUAGUCAGAUGUUUGCUUAAAACCUAGAGACUUUACGUGUUGCUUUUCAUGUGCUGUGCCAAGUCUUGAUAAUACUUUUUCCCCCAACCAAGGGACCUCAUAACCUGAUUAUGGUUAUUGCUUUACAAACAGUUUUGACAGAAGGUGGCUGCUAGAGCUUAACAUAUGUCCCGGUUCCAUGUGAUGGGCCGGUUCUUGCAAACUAAGCUCAAUGUUUCCUUUGCUGAAGUCAGCAAAUAGAGUUAGAGAGAUACCCAGUCAUCUAUCACACCAAAUAAAAGGACAUAACGGCUUUCAAAAGGGUUUUCCCACUUACCCAAAAGGCUUUCUGAAAGCUUCUACCUCUGCAAAAAAAGAAAAAAAUAGAAAAAAAAGAAAAAAAGGAAAAAAAGGAAAAAAAAGAAAAAAGUUAGAACAAUUAUGGCAGAUUGCAUGAAACAUGAGAACGUCACAGUAACUGCUACUUUUCAUUAUGUUUGUCUUUGGGUCAUGAUCAACGAACGGGAAGUUAUUGACAUGGUAUCAAAAGGGAGACUGGUAUUCUGAAGGGUGGUUCUCUGAUGUCUAGGAUACUGCUGUAAGGCUAUCUGAAAGGGCCACGAGUCUUUCGGGUGCAUGUUCAAAAAGCUUUGAUGGACUGGAUGUAACUUGGAGUGUUGUACCAUCAGGAGGGUGGCCUAAGACUACAAUGCUAAAGUAUGCAUACCUCAGUUUCAGAACUUUUGAAAGGAAGUCUCAGCCACAGAAUGCAUAUACCUGUAGAGUUUUGCAUGGGUUUUAUAUGAAUACAAUUUUAAAAAAUAGCUGCUUGCACAUUAUACCAGAAAAACCUCCAAAACUGCAAUUGCUUUGAAAAUAGACUUUAGGUUUUUUGGAGUUUUCUGAAAUGCUUGGUCUGUAUUUUGAUAAUUGUGCAUAUUAUGUAAAAAUGUUGGUGGACCCAUAAAUGACCAGACUUUUUCUAAGAAAAAUGUUGCUUUAAUGCAUUUCAUGGAUUUUUACUCUUCUAUCAUUGCUUGCUAGUAAUAGCAAACCUGCUUUUCUGCAUCUGCUUUGCGUAGCUAUUGUAAGGCUUUGAACUAAUGUAUGUAUUUAUUGCUUGAACUUCUGUGCAUACCUUAUAAAGCAUAAUGUCUGACAAUUUAAAUGGCUCAUGUAUUCUUGCUUCUACCAUAAACUGAUUAUGGGGACUAUGAUCUUUUGUAUACAGCAAAUUUUAACUGUAGCACAAACAUCUGUUUAUGUAUUGGUGGGAUAUUACCUGUUUUAUUUAUCUUCUUUGAGGUAAACUAAUUUUUGAUACUUUUCAUUACUGUGUACUAUGUUCAUACUUUGAAUUCUCUGACGUUAGAAGUCAUGGUUGAGAAUUGUAACAGCUGUUAUUUGUUCUGUAUUCAUGGCUUUCACUGCUGAAUAAAAUAAAGGACCAAACCUAGGAUUUGAAAGAAAACUGUCUACCUCUAACACCAGGGAGUUAUCAGAUUCUAUUUUACAUAGUUUUAGUCUACAAAGACACAACUGCUUAUACCUAGUGGGCUUACGGCUUAUACUCUAUGUGGUUGGAUUCAUGGCACCGUUGUAUUGUUUGAAAAUCAAUUAAAAUUUUAUGUGACUGUUAAAGUAUUUGGUAGAAUUACCACUAACUGGGUUUCCUUUAGAUAAGUCAGAUAAAGGGAAACGGCAUCAACAUUCUGUGUCUUCGGUGACUAUCUUUAUAAGAAUGCAUUUCUGUAUGAUUAUGAAAUUGAGGAGCAGCCAACUAGGAAUGGAGUGACAGAAGUACACUUAAAAUAAGUGCUUCAGGACAUCAAUGUCCCUGGGCAAAUUCAGUUGCAAAAUCCAAUAGAUUAUUUUGUAAAGUUUUCAAAUUGGGCGUUUACAUUUUUGAGAAAUUGAAAGACCUCUCAUUACUCAUGUCAAUAUUAACACACACCUGGACAGUAAAUUUAUUGUCACAUUAGCUAUUGAAAGUAACAUGGCUUUCUCGUUACUUCAUUCAUUCAGAUUGCAGUGAAAGAGACUUUUUUGCUCUCCACCCAAGAACACUUGACAAAUCUGACUUAGUGGAAAAGAAGUUUGUACAUUUUCCUAUAGAAUUAAUGUGCGAACAGUGUGUCACUACUGCUGGAUGUAAAAAUGUAUAUGAAACCAUUUCAUUCAGUUGGUUACAUUUUCUGAAGUAUAAAUAAAAAAUUAAUUCUUUUUGACCCAUUUAUAA